AUGGACGAUUCAAGGAUAGCAGUUCCAGCGUAUAAGGUGGUUGUUUUGGGGGAUUCUUCUGUUGGUAAAACGUCUUUAAUACAUCGAUUUGCUUCAGACACAUUUAAUCAGCAUACGUCUAAUACUAUAGGAGCCGCAUUUAUAACAAUUGAACAUAGUUCUAAAAGCAAAGAAGAUCGUAAGCUUAAAUUAGAGAUAUGGGAUACAGCGGGACAGGAGAGAUAUAAAUCAUUGACUCCUAUGUACUAUCGGAAUGCAAAUGUUGCCUUGAUCUGCUUUGAUUUGUCAAACGUUGUGACUUUAGAUAAGGCCAAGUAUUGGUUAGAGCAAUUAUUGUUGAACUCUGGAUCCCAAUCACAAGCAGCUACCAUAAAAUUAAUUGGAACUAAGCAAGAUUUAAUAGAAAAUAACGAGACAUCGAGAGUAGUGACUGAUUUUUGUGAACAAAAUCACUUAACAUUUUACAAGACUAGCGCCAAAACGAGGGAAGGAAUAGAUGCUCUUUUUGACGAAAUGAUUGACGAAAUUGAUGAACAAUUUUUUGUCAAGUUUUACGAAAACCAAAAACAGCUACAAGAUGCUAACUCUAAGAGUACAAUAAAUAAUAUUAACUUCUUGAAUUAUAAUCCAAGCAACAACCGAUGCUGUUGA